AGAACUAGUAUCGAUAGGUUCAUUUUGAGAAGUGGGAAAGGUAGACAUGAAAGAAAAAUAAAUAAAAUAUAAUAAAUAGCUUAUCAGAAUGAAGCGCAUAAGUGAAAAGAAGUUGGAGGCCUUUACAGUCGGCACAUUUUCUAAACGACAAUUGUCCAAGAAAGAAUUGGAGGAACAAAAAAAGAAAGAAGAUGAAGCUGCUGCGGCACAUGCCUUUAAAGAGUUCGUGGAGACGUUCCAAGAGGCACCAACAGCCUCCUCUAAAGUGUGGGUUAAGGCUGGCACCUAUGAUGCGGGCUCCCGGCGUGAGGAUAAGAGCGAAAAGGGUAAACUGUAUAAACCAGGCUCUAAGCUGGUGGAGAAGAGCGCUUCCGAAAAGGCAGAGGAGUAUGCCAAGUUGUUGGCCUCUGAUCUGAAGAAGGAUGCGCCCACAUUGAAAAAGAAGAAUCAAGAGAAGAAAAAGAGCAAUUUGGAGCUGUUUAAAGAGGAGCUGAGACAAAUUCAGGAGGAGCGUGAGGAACGUCACAAGUAUAAGCACAUGGCUGUGGCGAAUCCACCUGCAUCACAACAGCAACCACAACAGCAGCAGCAGCAACAACAAGCCACGAGUAGCUCCCAACAAUCGAGCUCUUCUCGUGGUGAUGCAGGUGGCUCUUUUGACACUGGUGAUCCGAAUACAACCAAUUUGUAUUUGGGCAACUUGAGUCCUAAGAUCUCGGAACAGCAGCUAAUGGAGAUCUUCGGCCGCUAUGGUCCUCUGGCUAGCAUUAAGAUUAUGUGGCCACGUUCUGAAGAAGAAAAGCAACGCGGUCGCAAUUGUGGCUUCGUAGCAUACAUGAGUCGCAAGGAUGCGGAACGUGCGCUGCGUACUCUCAACGGUCGCUAUAUAAUGGGCUACGAGAUGCGUCUGGGUUGGGGCAAAACUGUGCCCAUUAUGAAUACUCCAAUCUUUGCACCCCAAGCGUUGCUGGAGCUGACAUUGCCACCGCCUUCAUCGGGAUUGCCGUUCAAUGCACAGCCACCGCCAAGCGAAGCGAACACUUUGCCCAAAAAGAACUACAAGGAUUACGAGUCCAUUGAGGAGAAGGAGAAUAUGGAGCGAGUGCUAGCCAAAUCCGUUGUGAAAGUCUUUAUUCCGACAGAGAAAUCUGUGCUGAACAUAAUACAUCGCAUGAUUGAGUUUGUUAUACGCGAGGGUCCAAUGUUUGAGGCCUUGAUUAUGAGCCGCGAAAUGGAGAAUCCACUAUUUUCGUUUCUCUUCGACAACGAGAGUCCAGCGCAUAUUUACUAUCGUUGGAAACUCUACUCUCUACUACAGGGAGACACACCAAGCGAGUGGCGCGAGCAACAAUUUCGCAUGUUCAAGGGUGGCCCAGUGUGGAAGCCGCCUGUAGCAAACUUCUACACUCAAGGCAUGCCCGAUGAGCUGGUCAUUGAUCCAGAUGCGCCUGUAGUGCACAAGGGCGCCUUAUCUAAUGCUCAACGUGAUCGUCUAGAGGACUUGAUACGCCAUUUGACACCUGAGCGUUCACGUAUUGGUGACGCCAUGAUCUUUUGCAUUGAGCAUGCAGACGCUGCUGACGAGAUUUGCGAGUGCAUCGCCGAGUCUCUGGCCAAUUCAAAGACAGUGGCUUCUAAAAAGAUAGCUCGUUUGUAUCUCGUCUCCGACAUACUUCACAAUUGCACUGUGAAAGUAUCGAACGCAUCGUUCUUUCGUAAAUCCGUGGAGAAGCAAUUGCUGGACAUAUUUGAGAGCCUUCACACUUACUAUCUGGCCAUUGAGAGUCGCCUUAAGGCGGAGGGCUUUAAGACAAGGGUUUGCAACAUAAUACGAACCUGGGAGGAAUGGACCAUCUAUCCAAAGGAAUUCUUAACACAAUUGCGUAGUGUAUUCUUAGGGCGACAAUUUGCAUUGCAGUCAAACUCACCACCCCAAGCAGAGGAAUCACGCUCGGAGGAAGCCUUAGACGAAGACAUUGACGGUGCUCCGUUAUCAGGCGAUGACAAAGACGAUGAAGAUCUGGAUGGCGUUCCACUUGAUGGUGCUGCUCUAUUGAAAAGUGCUCUUAAAUUGGUGCUGCCAGAUUCCGCGGGCGCCGCCCAACAACGUGGAACGCCCAAACAAGAGCAGUAUCAUGAUGAAAUUGAUGGGGUUCCUUUGGAUGAAGAUCUUGAUGGAGUCCCUAUGGAGCAGGCAACGAGACAAGCAGACAAGUCGCAGGCCAAAAUGCCUGGAUUUAUUCCUUCCAAGUGGGAAACGGUUGAUCCGCAACAAGUUGAAGCUCAAGCCAUAACCACCAGCAAAUGGGAUACACUGGAUCCACCAGAUCCACCAAAAUUCUUUAGCUCCGACGAGGAAAGCGGUGAUGACGAGAGCUCACAAAAAUACAGUGACGAAAAGCGUCAAAAACUGCGGGAAAUUGAGGUGAAAGUUAUGCAGUAUCAAGAUGAAUUGGAAUCGGGAAAACGUCGCCUUGAAUCUGGCUGGACACUGACCGAACAGGUUGAAUACUAUCGCAAGCGUUUGCUCAAACAGACUUCGCCCUCAGAGUCUGUGGACUCGCCGCUAAGUUACAUGCACUCAAAAUCAAGAAGCUCGCAGCGCAGCGAGAGUCCCGAUAACAAGUACGCUAGUGGUGCCCACUAUGUCAGCAGCUCUCGCUCCAGUCCCAGUCUGAGUCGCAGCAGUCGCAAACGUUCUCAUUCACCGUACAGCGGAGGCGAGAGCAGUCGCAGCGGAAGAUCUGGCAAACGGAAUCGUUCACGCAGCCAAUCGGAUUCACCAAAGCGUUACACCGAACGCUCUUCACGAACUUCACUCCUUCGCAGAUCUCCAUCGCCAGCAACGUCAUCCGGCUACAGUGCGCGCUCGAAUCGAAGAGCCAGCCCAUCGCCACCCCGUCAUCGUGUCGAGAAACACAAGCACAAGCAUCGCCACUAAGGAGUUUAGA